AUGACAGUCAUCGUGUUGAAGCUCGCUCUGGUGGUGAACCUGGGUGCCGAAUCUCCUCCGGAUUCCGAGGAGGAAUCUCCUCCGGAUUCCGAGGAGGAAUCUCCUCCGGAUUCCGAGGAGGAAUCUCCUCUGGAUUCAGAGGAGGAAUCUCCUCUGGAUUCAGAGGAGGAAUCUCCUCUGGAAUCCGAGGAGGAAUCUCCUCCGGAAUUCGAGGAGGAAUCUCCUCCGCAAUCCCAGGAAGAAUCUCCUGAGGAAUCUUCUCCGGAUUCCGAGGAGGAACCUCGUGCGGACUCCGAGGAGGAA